AUGCCUCCCAAGGGCUCCAAGAAGGCUCUCGCCGCUGCUCCCAGCACCCCCAAGGCUGAUUCUGAAGAUGAGGCUCCUUCUACUCCAGCCACCGCUGUCAAGGCCAAGACUCCUAGACCCAAGCCAACUCCAAAGGUCUUCAAGAAGUUGUCCACUUCUGUCAGUGGUGCAGCUCCGGUUGACGUCACGUACGAGAACGAAUCUGUUCACAGCAAGGUUCUGCCCAAGGGCGCUGGUUACGGUCAUCUGAUCAAGCUCGUGGCUCCUCAGGCAUUUGAGCUUGUAGCAUCUUACAUGCUUGACAACGGUCUCCAGGCCAUCGUCAUCAAGCCUAGUGCCCCCUUCCAAUUCAUGAAGCUGCCCGAAAACAUCCGCAAGACAAUCCUGGAACUGCUCCUUACACCUGACACCAAGGGUAACAAGAUCCAAAUCUCUACUGAUAAGAUUGCCAAUGGUUCCAAGGCCAAAGAGUACGCCAAACAGUUCGGUUUGAAGCACAGACUUGCCAUCGGCCAGUUGAACAAGGAACUCGCCGCUGAAGUUCGAGGCAUCCUCUAUAGCUUCAGGUUCCGCUUUGACAACACGAUGACCUUGCUUAGCUUCCUCAGCGGCGUUGGCCCAGAUGUGCAUCAUGCUUUGUCGCGUAUCACCAUCAUGAACUACCAGAAGCCCACCGCUAAGCCCACCAUGAACCUGCUUGCAGAGUGCAAGAACCUCGAGAGCGUCAGCAUUCUUUCUGGAGUCGGCGUCAACAGCAGGCCCGACAAGACGUCCAAGAGCUUCUACGCCGAGGCUGAACGUCUCCUUCAGGCCAUUGUCAACAGACACGGUGGCAACAAGGAUGCUGCUCUUGAUGUCGUCAGCUUCGGCAAGGGAUGCUUCACCAUCAAGGAAGACGGCGAAGAAUGCGAGUGGGAGGAUGAAGACGUGACAAAGUUCGCCGAGCAGAUUGCCAACAAGCUCAAGUAA